CAUCUAGCUUUCAAACGCUGGAGGAAGGCUUAUAAUUGCAUCUGAUGGUAUCUGGGAUGCCUUAUCAUCUGAUAUGGCAGCACAAUCCUGCAGGGGUUUACCUGCAGAAAUAGCUGCAAAGCUGGUUGUUAAGGAGGCUCUCAGGUCAAGAGGCCUGAAGGAUGAUACAACUUGCCUUGUUGUUGAUAUUAUCCCUUUUGACCAACCAAUUUUGCCACCGACACCAAGGAAGAAACAAAAUCUUCUCAGUUCAUUCAUCUUUGGAAAGAGAUUUCAAACUUCUGUCAACAAAGCAACGAAACUUUCUGCCGUUGGGGUUGUGGAGGAAUUGUUUGAGGAGGGUUCUGCAAUGCUUACGGAAAGGCUGGGUAAGAAUUGUCCUUUGAACUCGAACUCUGGACUCCUCAGAUGUGCAAUUUGCCAAGCAGAUCAAACCCCAAGUGAUGGUUUAUCUGUUAACUCUGGACCGUAUUUCUCACCUGCAUCAAAGCCAUGGGAAGGCCCGUUCCUCUGCGCAAACUGUCGGAAAAAGAAAGAUGCAAUGGAAGGAAAGAGGGCCAUUAGACCAACAGUGACCGCGUAAUCUGGUAAACCAGUAAAUAUUAAUAUUCAUUUUUUUCUGGCAGUGUGAGCAUGCUUGUUUUUUCUUUUGCGGCGCUCGUUGUUAUAGAUGUGUGUAAGAAAUGUAGUAUGAGAUUCGGAAGGUUAGGUGUAUUUAAGAUUGGUAAAAGUGUGUUGAUUCUGGUUUGUGCUCGGCUGUUGGACUUUCUGACACAGAACAAACAUGCUAUCUGAUACAUAUAUUGUGAUAGUCUGACUGCUAACAGUUUGAGUAUGCAAGUAAAAAUGAUUGUUUCUAAAUGAAAUCUUUUGUCUUUGGUUUUACUA